AUGGGUAAGAAGCGCUCGAAGAAGGGGCCGUCGGAGGACGACUGGGAGGGCAGCAUAGCCAGCGACAACACAGCUGCCAGCUUGAUGGGAGACAUGAAGGAAGUAGACGACGGUGCUAUGGAUGAGUUUGCCGAGGCGCUGGAUUGGACAUACGAGUCGCGCGGCAGCACGCGCGAGAAAGGCUGGGAGCGCCUGGCCGCCCUCAUCCGAAACAGCGUUCGCGAGGAGUGCUUCCAAAACGCAGCCACCGUUACGGGGCGCUGCCAGCAGGCCCUGCGGAAGGGCAGCGCGGCAGAGGCGACGUUCGCGGCGACCGCCUUGGCACUCCACGUGCUCACACUCGGCGAUGCCGACGAGAGCCUGUUUCAGUCGCUGCAGCCGGAUCUCCUCCGCGCCGCCCAGCACGGCAAGGGCGCCGCCGCGCGCACCGCCGCGGCCGACGCGCUCGCCGUCUGCUGCUUUGUCCUGUCGGACGACGAGCGCAGCACGCGCGGUGCGAUGGACGACCUGCGCUCGAUCUGGGCGCGCCGCGACGCCGCAGCCGCCGCGCCGCGCGCGGCGGCGCUGCGCGGCUGGACGUUCCUGUUCACGAGCCUGAACGCGCUGCCGGACGCGGGGGCGGUUGAGGCGCUGCUGCCGGCGCUGGCGGCGCUGCUGCACGAGGGGGACGUGGAGGUGCGGGCCGCGGCCGGCGAGGCGAUUGCGGUGGUCUACCACACCUGCGGGCUGGACGAGCUCGAGUCGAUUUUGGAGGGGGAAGGGGACGAGGAGGAGGAGGACGGGGAGGAGGGGGAGGACGGCGGCGGCGAGGGGAGCAGCAGCGGCGGCGGCGGCGUGUCGGGCCUGUCGGAGGUGGUCGGGCGGAUGCGGGACCUGGCGACAAACAGGGGGGACCGGCAGCGGCGCAGCAAGCGGGACCGGGCGUCGCUGCGGGGCGCUUUUAGAGACAUCACGCGCGUCAUAGAGGACGGCGCCGUGCGUGAGACGAAGAUCAAGCUGCGCCACGGGGACACGCUCCACAUCAACACCCUCAACGGCAACGUCAGCAUGGGCUACCUGCGGCGCUUCCUGGCGGGCGGCUUCCAGGCGCACCUCCAGUGCAACCCGCUGCUGCACGCCGUGUUUGGCUACGAGCCGCUGGCUGAGCGCCCCGGCCGCCUGACGGCGCUGGAGAAGCGCGCCUUCCGCAGCCCCAGCAGCGCGAGCAGCAAGUCGCGCACGCAGGCGCGCAAGGGGCAGCGCGCGCACAAGGGGUUUGAGCUCGAACACUGA